CAAGGCACACCGCCAGGGACAACAAGGCAUUCACCAAAAAGCUAAUCCAGCGGGGUGGAGCAGCUGAAGGAGUGUAAGCAGCUGAAGGAGAACCAAGUGCGGACCUGGUAGGAGAAGGCUAAGGACAUUUUACAAAAGAAUCAAAUGAACAAGAGGUUAGCUGUCCUGUUACUGUAUGUGGAGAUGUACAUGGCCAAUUCCAUGACCUUAUGAAACUCUUCAGAAUUGGUGGAAAAUCACCAGACACAAACUAUCUAUUAUUCAUGGGCGACUACCUAGACAGAAGUUAUUAUUCUGUGGAGACUGUGACUCUUUUUGUAGCAUUAAAGGUGUGCUAUCCAGAGCAUAUUACAAUACUGUGAGGAAAUCAUGAAAGCUGACAGAUCACCCAAGUGUAUGGCUUUUACGAUGAAUUUCUACUAAAGUAUGGAAAUGACAACGUCUGGAAAUACUUUACAGAUCUCUUUGACCAUCUUCCACUGACAGCUUUAGUAGAUGGACAGAUAUUCUGCCUCCAUGGUGGCCUCUCUCCAUCCAUAGAUGCACUGGAUCAUAUAAGAGCCCUGGAUCGUUUACAACAAGUUCCACAUGAGGGCCAAAUGUGUGAUCUCUUAUGGUCAGAUCCAGAUGACCAUGGCAGAAGGGGUAUUUCACCACAUGGUGCUGGCUACACCUCUGGACAAGGUAUUUCUGAAACAUUUAACCAUGCCAACUUUCUCACACUGGUGUCUCGUGCUCACCAGCUUGUAAAGGAAGGUUAUUAUUGGUGCCAAAAUUGUAAUGUGGUUACCAUUUUUAGUGCACCCAAUUACUGCAACCGCUGUGGAAACCAGGCUGCUACCAUAGAAUUAGCUGAUAUUUUAAAACAUUCUUUUCUUCAGUUUGACCCAGCACCUCAUCUUGGAGAGCCUCAUGUGACCCGGCAUACCCCAGACUACUUCCUAUAACUUCCUCCCCAGGACCUUUCUUUGUAUGUGGAAGUACAACUGGCUUUUUAAAAUAUAUAUUAUAUAUUUAA